GUCACUGCGGGCGCCGAAACACAAAACCUUUCUUGGAAACAGAUUCCGGGAAGCUCAGCCAGUCGGUCAGUCAGUCAGCCGGACUGAACCGAGCUGUUUUCUCUGUGCAGUUUACUGAAUAAAGAGCUCCGGUCAGGCUCACAGCUCCGCUCGCUGCAGGUGACUCACGGAGAUCUCUUCUUCUUUUAUUAUUAUUAUUAUAUUAUUAUCACCACAAGACGCAGAGUUAGAAGAACAUGUUUCAGCCGUGGUAAUUACUGAUUCACUGUGAGAGACUGCUCGAUUAUUUCAUGGACUGUUCUUUGGUGGAGAUCCUUAUGAUUUUCCCCGCUUUAAGGGCUGCUGUCAGUCAGACAUGGUUGCCCGGACAGUACCCAUUUUCCAUCAUGAAGGAGGUUCAUGCUGCCCACAUCCCUCUCCUCCUCCCUGGGACCCAGCAGAGGACCUCCGCUGCAUCACCACCACCUUCCAGUAUCUCCAGACCUCAGGCUGGUACUGGGGAUCCAUCUCAGCCAGUGAAGCGAGGGAAGCUCUGCUGAAAAGGUCUGAAGGCACGUUUCUGAUGCGGGACAGCAGUCACCCUCAGUACAUGCUGGCCCUGUCGGUGAAGACCCGCAGCGGGCCGACCAGCAUACGCAUCGAGUACAGCAAGGGCUCCUUCUGGCUGGACUCCAUUUCCCCGGGCCUGCCUCACCUGCAGUCCUUCCCGGACGUUCUCAGCCUCAUACAACACUACAUGGGCUCGGGCCACACGCCGCAGGGUCAGGCGUCCAGUGACAUCCACCCCAAAACCAAGCCCAACCCUGCCAAGCUCACGGCGAAAGACAGCAGCGUGCCCCUGAAGCUGAUGCAGCCCCUGCACAAACCGGAGGCCUUCCCCUCUUUGCAGCACCUGGCGCGCCUCACCAUCAACAGACACACCAGCUGCCCCGAGCAGCUGCCACUCCCAAAGCCUCUGCUGCGCUACCUGCAGGACUACCCUUUCCACAUAUGAGGGUCUCCGUGGCUCUGGUGCAGGACACAGGGGCAGGGUCACACUCCAUGAACACACACUGCGAAUUUGGGACAGCGUGACGCCCCAGGCCACAGAUGAGCCCAGCAGGAGAAUACUGAGAUCCUCAGAUGUACGUCACUACUGGAGAAUGAACUCAGUCUCACUACAGAGCUACUGUUGUUCUCCAGAAUAACAUUUUUUGUUUUUUUUUAAAUUAUUGUUAUUAUUUUUGUAUGUGUGUGUUUGAGCCGCGGUGAAGCCGUUUUUAUUUCCAUGAUGUCAGCAUGAGUUUUUCUCCCUUCCUCUGCUCCAUUUCAAACCAGUAAGACGGUUAUUUGCAUGUCUGAGCCCAGCGGUCCCACAACACAGCCUAAACAUUAGAAAUCAUUUGUGGUUUCCAUCUUAUGAGCUCCAUUUUUCAGUGCUCCAUGUGAAGGCAAAGAGUGUCCAACAAAGCAAUGUUUAUGAAAUCAGUGAAGCUGAUGAAAACGUGGCCGGGCCAGCAGUGAUCUCAACUAACAACCUGUUAGCACCACAAAAUCUCUUAAAUAUGCACUUGCGUCCUGUUUUUCAGUGCUGUGGCUAUCUUGACACACCGUGUGUGUUCUUAUAAUUAUUUUUGGAUGAUGGCUCUCUUCUUCUACACCCUGCACGUCAGGGUUUUUAUUGAUCAAAUCCAAUCACAGUGUAAAUAAGAAUCAGUAAACAGUUGAGGGUAACAUCGAUAACACAUGCGUGCGAAGGAUGGAGUACAGUGUGUAUUUUGUUGUUUGUUUGUUACCCUUUUCAAAUAUCAGAUAUCUUCCAUUUGAAGAGGUAAAACAUGCCCUGUCACAACCACGGACACCAACGGCCGUUCGUGGAAAACUGUUGUUAGCUAUUAAAGGACAUCUGUUUACAAACUGGUUUUGUUCCCAGAAGAGCGUCACACAUGCCUGUGGAUUUUCAGAGAAAUAAACCUCAGAAAUGUUUUUUUUUCUCUUCUCCCCCCCCAAAGUGUUUUUAUUUUUUUCACAGCUGAAUGACUGCCCACGUGAAACAUGCAGAUGAAUGUGAGGUAUUAGUAUUGCUGUUUUCAUGGAAACACGCCUGAGUUGAUUCCAGGAGGUUGAACUGAGCAGUGCUGAGAAAACCUCUUAUCAGGAUUAGAGUAAAGAGCUGCAGUUAUUAAUACACUGCUGCCACAAGUGAGAACAGGCUCUCUCUCUCUCUCUCUCUCUCUCUCUCUCUUUCUCUCCCCGCGUGUGUGUGUGUGUUUUUCAGCAUCAGUCUGAGAUGUUUAAGUUAUGUUUCUAUCCAGAUUGUUCAAAAAACUUCUCUCAUCAGUACAGUAUAGGCAUCUUUACAUCAUCUAUGUGCCGGAUGACGGACAGUUCAGUCAUUACGAUUAUGACCACAUGGUUAUAACGUCUCUCAUGCAGAUUUAAUGCAGUGUUAGACUAAAUGCAUAUGUCUGCUUCGCACCACAUACUCACAGUAGUGGAUGAGGGGCUCAGAUCGUGUACGUUAACGUAGCAGCGCCGCAGUGUAAAGUCAGUAAAGUGCUUAAGGUAUUAAACCCUAAAGGUCUUGUAAUCCAACUGAUCCUUCCAGAGUGUUACAUUAUUAUUAUAUUGGAUUACUGAAUUAGAAUUAACUGCACAGGAGGAAAUGUUUUCCCCCCAUUAGUGUUUGUUUGUGUGUUUGUUUGGUAUGUGGUUGGUCGGUUUGUCAGCGUAAUCACACA